AUGACAGAAAAAUUAACUUUUUACAUAGCGCCAGACCCUUCUUGCCCACAUCUUUUUAAGCCACAAUAUAUAGACAUAGAACUAAAUAGAGAAAGCGAAAUUCUACAAACAGAAGAAAGCGAAAUUCCACAAACAGAAGAAAGCGAAAUUCUACAAACAGAAGAAACAUAUAGAGACCUAGAUAACGAAAAUGGAUAUGCGCUAUUCUGGUUAGAUUGUCCUUAUGAAAUGUAUGAAAAAAAGGCUUUAUAUGAAGAAUAUAGAAAAUAUUGUCAUGAAAACAAUAUAAGACCAAGCUCUAGAGAAAAAUUCUAUGCUGGUAUAAAACAUCUUUUCGAAGUUCGGAAUGGCAAAUAUAGAAAGAAAUAA